AUGUGUCCGACCCAGAGCAGUGGGCGAUGCUGCGGCCGCUGGGGCCGCCCCCCCACCCCAGGCCCCCGGCCGCUCCUGCUGCCCGAAGCCGCCGCCGCUGCCCUGCGGCUGCUGCCGCCGCUGCCCGCGGUGAGUGGGGGGGAACACGGGGGGGGGACACGCGGUGACACUGCGGGGACAUUGGGGGGUGCGGGGGGGGGGGGGGGCGCACAGGCCGGUGCGGAGAGGAAGCCCCGCCCCCUCCCGGCCGCCGUACCGGGACCCCCCCCUCCCCAUGUCGCCCCCCCCCCCCGCCCCGGCAGCAACGGGACGCGCUGGGAUGGAGCCGCUGACGAAGGUGCUGGGGGGGGCGCGCUGGCCAAGCCCCGGCGCCCCGUGAUCGCCUGCAGCGUCUGCCAGAUCCGCUUCAACUCCCAGAGCCAGGCGGCUGCUCACUACCAGGGGAACCGCCACGCGCGGCGCCUCAAGGGGCUGGAGGCCGCCCGGGCCCGCCGGGGGGGGGACAGCGGGGACCCCCCCCGAGCCCCCCGCGUCCACAGACACGCCUGGCGAGCAGCCCCCGCCCGCCCCUGCCCCCGCGCCCCCGGGUCCCCCUCGCCCCCCACUGUGCCCGCCCAGGGCGCGGAGCCGGCGGGGGGGGCGCAGGGGGGGCCGGGGGGCGAGGAGGAGGAGGAGGAGAAGAAGGCCAAGCGGCUGCUGUACUGCGCGCUCUGCAAGGUGGCCGUCAACUCCCUGUCCCAGCUGGAGGCGCACAACAAAGGCACGAAGCACAAGACGCUGGUGGAGGCGCGCAGCGGGCUGGGGCCCAUCCGCGCCUUCCCGCGCCCGGGGGGGCCCGCGGGGACCCCCCCAGAGCCCCCCGAGCGCUCCUUCCACUGCCAGAUCUGCAACGUGCCUCACUCCGAGCUGCAGCUCAAGCAGCACAUCUCCAGCCGGCGGCACCGGGACGGGGUGGCCGGGAAGCCCAAUCCCCUGCUGAGCCGCCACAAGAAGACCGCGGAGCCCCCCAGAGCUGGCCCCGCUGCCGUUCCCCAAGGAGCUGCCCAAGGCCCUGGCGGGGGGGGGGCUGCUGCCGCCCCCCUGGCCCUGGCAGCCGCCGCCGCCGCCAUGGCUGCCCCCCGCUGGCCCUGCGCCCCCCGGACCCCCCUCCUGCCCGGGCCCCCCCUGGCCCCCGCGCUGCUGCGCCCCGCACCCGGGCCCCUGCGCCCCGCACAUGCCCCCCUGCUCUUCUCCCCAUACUGACCCCCCUGGCAACCGUUGCCUGGCAACCGGGUACCCAGCAACCAGGCAAGUGGUACCUGGAAAGCAUCACCCAGCAACUGUUGCCCGGCAACCAGUACCUGGCAACAGUCACCCAGCACCCCCCCGUCCCCCCAGUGCAACCUAGCAACUGUUGCCAGGCGACCGGCAGGGGCGGUU